UUUUUUUGUCGUUCUUCAUUUUAUUUCUCCUCCUUUCCAUCUGUUCUUUUAUUUUAAUUUAACUCGAUUCUGCCUGCCAAUUAAGAAAACAAACAAAAAAACACCAUUUUCGCAAUAUGAAAAUUCCAAAUUGAUGCUCUAAAAUUAUAUACUUUUUAAUCAGCGGACUCACUUAAUUUAAUUAAAACCAUCCUAUUUUCCAAAAGAAUUUUCUGUUUUCACAAUUCUCGGAAGUAAAAUAUGUAACUUGACUAUCAUCAGUGUGCGGCCGAUUUGGGGAGUUUUACUGCAACACUGCCCGAUAAUGUGAAAUUAGGGCUACGGUUUUUCCCUCCCUUUCCUUCGGCGUUCUGAUUUUGGGGGCAAAAUCAAAUUUUGUAAGAGCCGGUCCAAAAUUUUUAAUCCGGUGCGCGAAUGCGAAAUUUCAAAACCACCAAGAAAAAAAAAAGAAAAAAGAAGAAAAGAAGGGUUUUCAAUUUGAUAGGAGGGAUUCGUUUGUUACUUUCGAAAUUUGAAUUUGAAUAAUUGAAUGAGGUUUAGUUAUGAUGUGUCCGGAAGCAGAAAAAGGAAAGUUGAUGAUUGUGUGUGGCGGGGGGCAGAGGGGGUAAGGGAAGUGUUGUCAAUUUGUCAUAGUUAUUAUUAUUGUACCCUAAAUUGAAUGUUCCUAUUCAGAUUAGGGUUUAUAUCUCUGUACGGCCAAAACCAGAAGCAGAUGAGAACGUUAACAUAAAUCCUGUAUUGUUGUGGAAUCCACAGACACUGAGAAACAGCAAGCGAGAGAGAGAGAGAGAGUGUGUGUGUGAAAAACUGAAAAGUGAAAAGCAUGUCGGGAUCGGAGAUGGGAAGAAGAGAAGGCUUCACCGUUGGGCUUCACAGCCAUAACAGCAUGCGUUUGGACUUUUCUGAUGGCCCUGCUCUCUACAGCAACAGCAACAACAACCCUCUUGCGCCACCUUCUGCUUCUCCAACUUACCACCCUUCCACCGCAGUCACCGCUGCACCUAUCAACAUCAAUGGCAGCGCGGUUGGCGGCAUCGAAUCGUUGGCGGCGCUGCCACAGGGCGGCCACAUCGGGAGUAGCUCUGAGCCGAAGAAGAAGAGAGGGAGGCCAAGGAAAUACGUACCGGAUGGUGGCGGCGUAGGGUUAGGGUUGAAUCCAGAUUCUUCUGCUCCUGGUAUGACCGUUAACCAUAGCCAGAACCAGAAUCCGAAUCUGAAUUCGAGCUUGAACCAGAAUCAGUCCGGUGGCGGAGCUAUGUCGCCGGCAAUUGCUUCCGCCACACCUAAUUCUAAUUCCGGGAAGAAAAGGGGAAGGCCUCGUGGCUCUCUCAACAAGCAUCCUCACUUAAAGGGUCUUGGAUUGGCAAAACUUACUUUCACUCCGCAUGUUCUUACUGUGAAAUCUGGAGAGGAUCUGGGAGUAAAGGUUACGUCCAUCUCCAUGGAUGGUCCAAGAAAUAUUUGUAUCUUAACAGCAAAUGGAACCAUAUCUAAUGUAACACUUAGCCAACCUUCGAUACCUGGAGGAACUGUGACCUAUGAGGGACGAUUUGAGAUCCUGGCACUCUGUGGUUCUUUUCUUCUUUCUGAUAAUGGUCAGUUCCAAAGAACUGGUUCUUUAAGUCUGACCUUGUCUGGGCCUGAUGGUCGGGUUAUGGGUGGUGCAAUCGCAGGUGUUUGUGUAGCUGCUUCCCCAAUUCAGAUAGUUUUCGCAAGCUUCCUUGUAGAUGGUGGUUACAAGAAAAUGAAGUCAUCGAACCAGAACCAGAACCAGAACCAGAUGGGGACCUUACCUUCCUCCCCUAAUGUUCUCCCGGCUGGUCAAAGCAGCUCGCCAUCGCAUGGCACUCUUAGUGAAUCUUCUGGUGGAGCCGGGAGCCCACUUAACCUGAGUACAGAUGUUUGCAAUAACAAUAACACCCCACAAGGAAUUUCCGGAAUGCCCUGGAAAUGAAACUGGUAGCUAGUUUGUGCAUUGGAUUUGGCAUGGGGUGGUCAGGCUCCACGCACUUGUUAUGUUCUUAUCUGUCUGCUUGUUGCUUUAAGCAUCCACGAGACAAACAUGUAACAUUAGCUUUUCUGUAUUAUUAGUGCAAGAUUAAAAGAAAAAACAUUGUGUAGGUUAGUUUUCUGUCUUUAGCCAUUCUGAAUAUGGGUGAUUUAAGUAGUUCAGGCUGAAUGGGAUGUGAUUUAGGAGUAUGUAGCAUUAGAUGGCAGUGACUGGUCAUCUGUUUCUUGUAACUUUUACUUGAUGCUGGAAACCACCUCCUUGCAACCCAGUUGUUUAAUGGUAAUAAUUAUAUCUAGUUUAAA